AUGAAGCAGCUUCACCGGAUGAUUGACGAGCUCCGCAAAUGGAUGCCCUUCACCCCCUCAGCUAAGGUGGUUUGUUUUGGCGUCACCUACGAUGCAUCAGACGACGCACAGCGCGAGGCCUUCAUGGAGGACUUCCGUUCGCGAAUUCUCCUGACCUACCGUUCUGGCCUAGAGCCCCCUUUGCAGCUGGCAGGGGGAGGAACGAAAAGCUCGGAUUCAGGCUGGGGCUGCAUGCUGCGUGUAACGCAGAUGAUGUUGGCACAGUGCUUCAUAACCUUGGGCCUAGGCCGAGCAUGGCGAUUCAACGAGGCAGAAGACCUCGCAGAAGGUUCCUUGUACCUCCGCAUUGUCAGCUGCUUCUUGGACACCCCGGCUGCGCCGUUUUCAUUGCACCGGCUCGUCGAAACAGGGCAGCAGGUCCUGGGAAAGGAGCCCUCUGCUUGGUUCGGCCCAACAUCUGCGGCGCAGGCGGUUGGCCACUUGUUCCAGGACUUGAAGUCCAAGGCUUCGGCGGGCUCCCCCGAGUUCCUGAGAGGCGUGGGCUGCGCUGUGUUCGUCGACGGACCUAUCUAUAAGGCCAAUGUGAUUGAGCAGUUCGACAGUGGUAGCUCGUCGGUGAUUUUGUUCGUGUGCCGACGACUGGGGCUGGACGAGUUCAAUCUCGAAGAGUACCGAGAAGGUUUGGAAAGCUGCUUCCAGCUCCCCGAGUUCCAGGGCUUGGCGAGUGGCAACAGCUCCUCGUCCGCGCACUUCUUCGUGGCCACCCACGGUGAAGACAGCGUCCUGUUCCUCGACCCACACACAACCUCCCCAGCACUGCGCGUGGAAGGGGAUGUGGUGGCAUCGCACGGGCUGCGUCCGGAGAGAGCUCUGCGGUUGCCAUGGUCCAACCUGAACCCGUCAAUUUGCCGGGCGCCCUGA